CUCUGGAUGAAGAGGAGAUGGAGCCCCGGCCAGUUUUUGUUGCAGGUCCACCAUUGUAAUUAUGUUGAUAAUCUGACAUAGCUGAUGCGAACGAUGAAGAACAAACCAAAAAGGUUAGAGGUUAACAGAAAAUUGGCAGGAAGAAAGAUAUUGUUAAAAUAAGGUCAGGAGGAGGUUCACCUUUUGUGAGGCACUGUAAUUUAUAGAGGGUGUUCUUGGCCCAUUGCAUCUUAAUGUAUGUAGUUAUGUUGUAGUUAAUUAAUUAAUUGAUUUAAUUAUUAUUAUUAUUAGUUUUUUUUGUAGUUAAUUAAACAUUAACUGAGACAGCAGUAAAUGUGUUCUGAACGUGAUUUCUGGUGGUUUUCAAUCUCUCCAAAGUUGAUUUUGAACAAAUCUGAACCUCAUUGACCAUUUGUUGUCUGCCAUCCUCUGGUUUUUCAGAGCAGUAAUCCCAUUGGUCAACAUGGCAGCGAUGCGGCUUCGAAGGGCGGCAGAGGAAGAGGAGAGGGAACCUCGGCCACCUCCACCACCCCCGUCUCACCACUCCAACCACCAGUUCGCCAGCAUGAAGAACAAGUUCUUCAAUGAGCUCACACACCUGCCAAAUCAUAAACUCAAGAUGCCCAUGUGGGCUGUGGGUGCCAUUGUUGUUGUGGUCCUUGCCCUCGUCGCCUGCCUGGGAUUCUGCAUCUAUAAGAAAUGUUUCAAUAAGGGCAAGAAGCAAAAGAAGGCUCGUGAGAGGAAAGGGGGAGGAGGAAGGGGACGAAGAAAGAAGGAUCAGGAGGGAGUGGAAGGAGAGGAGAAAAAGGAUGGAGAGGAAGAGAAGGACGAGGAGAAGGUGUUUUUGGGCAAACUGGAAUACACGCUGGAUUAUAACUUUACUGAUAAUCAGUUGAUAGUGGGCAUCCUUCAAGCUCAGGACCUUCCAGCUAUGGACAUAGGCGGGACCUCUGACCCGUACGUUAAAGUCUACAUGCUGCCAGACAAGAAAAAGAAGUUUGAGACCAAAGUUCAGCGCAAGAACCUCUGUCCUGUCUUUAACGAGACUUUUAAUUUUAAGAUUCCUUAUACCGAGCUGGGUGGUCAAACUUUGGUGUUGCAAGUUUUUGAUUUUGACCGUUUUGGAAAACAUGAUGUAAUUGGCGAAAUCAAGAUCCCAAUGAACAGUAUAGACCUUGGACAACCAAUACAUGAAUGGAAGGAUCUAGUUGGUGGAGAAAAAGAGGAGCAAGAGAAGCUGGGUGAUAUCUGCAUUUCCCUUCGUUACGUCCCCACGGCCGGUAAGCUGACGAUUAACAUAAUGGAAGCAAAGAACCUGAAAAAAAUGGAUGUCGGAGGACUGUCAGAUCCCUUUGUCAAGGUGGCUCUGCAACACAACGGCAAGCGAAUCAAGAAGAAGAAGACAUCGGUGAAGCAAAACACUCUUAAUCCUUACUUCAAUGAGAGCUUUAGCUUUGAGAUUCCCUUCUCUCAAAUUCAGAAAAUCCAGGUGCUGAUCACAGUGUACGACUAUGACAAACUGGGCAGCAAUGAUCCCAUCGGCAAGUGCUGGAUUGGAUAUGGCGCUUCAGGUGUCGGGCUGCGCCACUGGUCAGACAUGCUGGCCAAUCCCAGACGUCCUGUGGCACAGUGGCACACACUGUUGCCAGAGGAGGAGGUUGAUGCUGCUCUGAAGGCCCCCAUCCGCUAACAUGACCCCUUACAUGUAGAGUAUAUAUGUACAUUACUUUGGCACUUCUUUGUAUUCAUUAAUGUGUGUGUGUAUAACAUUCAUUUGCACUAAACAACAGAUGAGUGUAUAUCCAUUCUCACUAGUGAAGAUGCACAUUAUCACAAAAUAAUCUUUUAAAUGGCUCUGUAAGUAAUAAUGAAAUCACACAGUUCCAUAUUGUUGUUUCCUCUUUGAUGAGAGUAAAUUGUGCCAUGUUGUCAUAUGGUCUACAAAUCUCAGAAUACUGUAUUAUGUGCUUUAAAUGAGAAAUAAGAGACAGGACAUUUAUUUAUAAAAAUCUAAAAAAAGACUAUUUCCCAUAAACCCUCCUACUUUAUAUGAUUUAGAUACUCUGAAUGAAAACACUUCACAAAUUCUGUUCUUAAUAGAUGUUUCAGACAGGAAGAUUAUUGGUUGUGCACCAGCUUCUACCUCCAUUUAUCACGUUAAGAGUCUUUGGCUUCAGUGUUAAUGGUUACCCCAAUGCAAAUAUGAGGAUGGUUUAAAGGUUCAUAAUAAAGCUUUUGCAUAAACUGCUGUGAUGUUUUAGAGUUUGCAGUUGGUUUAAGAGAGCAAACGUUGACGUGGUCUUUUUAACAGAAUCUUACUUCAAAAAUCCUGUGUUAUCUUUUUAGCAUCUGAUUAGGAUUUUGCAAUGAUGUCUUGAAAGUCCUAAGAUCCUUUUAAUCAUCUCCUUAGAAGAUAUCACUAAAUUCUGUACCGUCUGCUAAGAGGAAAACUGACUGACACCAAAACAUUGCUUACUUGAAAUGUGUUUUUUCCUGCUCUGUUAAUCUAUAGGGCGCCUCUUCUUUGUCAUUUAACGUACUGGAUUUAAACUAGGUUGUUCCAGUUAAAUGUGCUGUAGUCAGUUGUAUGUUUGUUCUGUGUUUGAGGGAAGCCAUUUCGUGAGUGGUCCUAUUGUGCAUGUGUGUUUGUUUCUUUUGAAAAAAAGGAAAAUAUAUUUAUGGUUUCACUUUCUAUUUAUUAUAUUGUGAUUGUAAAUAAAUACUCAAAUAAAUAAAAAGAGACUGAUGGUUGGGUGGAUUGA